ACAGCAGGCUUUGCUCGCAGCCAUCAGUGAGAAGGACGCCAACAUCGCUCUGCUGGAGCUCUCUGCCUCCAAGAGGAAGAGAGCUCCGGAUGAGGUGAUGGCCCUGAAGAGAGAGAAGGACAGACUCAUGCACCAGCUCAAACAACAGACUCAGAGCCGGAUGAAGCUGAUUUCAGACAACUACUCCGAAGAGCACCUCCACCCUCAUCAUCUUCACCCCCCUCACCCAGCACACGGCCACCACCACAGCCCCCCGCGCGGCCCGCCCCCUCCUCACGCCAACCUCCGCCACCCCGCAGAGCAGGAUGACGAAGAGGGCAUAUGGGCGUGACCACCGUCACCACGGGAACAACAACUUCAACUCUGAAGGGUGAGUGUCCUUCA